CAUAGACUUCUAUACAACCAGAGGAGUCGCCCCCUGGUGGUCAGGAGAGAAUGCAGCUUUAACACAUGCAGCAUAGACUUCUAUACAACCAGAGGAGUCGCCCCCUGGUGGUCAGGAGAGGGAACUCUCAUGAAGUCUGCUGGUGACUUGCUUGACGACUGUUUCUCUCAACAUGUUUUCCUGUCUGUUGUUUUUAGUGUUUCUCUCUUCCCCUCCAUAAAUAAACCGAGCCUCCGUCGGCCCAGACUGCGGCUGGUCCGGUCUGGGGGACCCGCCAGGAGGUCUGGAGGACCCGCCAGGAGGUCUGGAGGACCCGCCAGGAGGUCUGGAGGACCCGCCAGGAGGUCUGGGGGACCCGCCAGGAGGUCUGGAGGACCCGCCAGGAGGUCUGGGGGACCCGCCAGGAGGUCUGGAGCUGGUUUCCAUGAGCCGGCUGUUGGCAAGGAGAACCACCACGUGGUCUGGUUCUGCUGCUCCGUGUUUCUUGACGCGCCGCGGAGAGAUGGACCCGGUGCGCUCCCACCUCCUCCUCCUCCUGCACCUCCUGCUGCUGGGCUUCUUCUCCUGCAGCUCGGCGGACUGGGACCUGGUUCUCCUGCACACCAACGACGUGCACGCGCGGGUGGAGGAGACCAGCGAGCUCUCCGGUACCUGCGGCGGCGGCGGCCGCUGCUUCGCCGGCGUGGCGCGCCGCGCGGCGGCGGUGCGGCGGGUGCGCGCCGCGGAGCCGCGCGUGCUGCUGCUGGACGCGGGGGACCAGUUCCAGGGCUCCGUGUGGUUCAACUACUACAAGGGGGCCGAGGCCGCGCACUUCAUGAACGCGCUGCGCUACGACGCCAUGGUUUUUGGGAACCACGAGUUUGACAACGGCGUGGGGGGCCUCCUGAAGCCCUUCAUGGAGCAGGUCCAGUUCCCGCUCCUCAGCGCCAACAUCCGGGCCGACGCCACGCUGGCCGCCACCUUCGGCGCCUCCUUCCUGCCCUACAAGAUCUUCACGGUGGGCGGGCGGCAGGUGGGCGUGGUGGGCUACACGUCACGGGAGACCCCGGAUCUGUCCAAACCUGGUCCUCACCUGCGGUUCCUGGACGAGGUCUCUGCGGUGCAGCAGCAGGUGGACCAGCUGGUCCUGCUCGGCGUGGUCCACAUCGUGGCUCUGGGCCACUCGGGCUUCACGGUGGACCGGCUCAUCGCCGAGCGCGUCCGCGGGGUCGACGUGGUCAUCGGGGGCCACAGCAACACCUUCCUGUACACAGGCCCCGCCCCCUCCUCCGAGGUCCCCGCGGGCCCGUACCCCUUCAUGGUGCAGUCGGCUGACGGGCGCCAGGUCCCGGUGGUGCAGGCCUACGCCUUCGGGAAGUACCUGGGUCAUCUCAAGGUGACCUUUGACGAGGCCGGGUCGGUCCUGAAGGCCUCGGGGAACCCGAUCCUGCUGGACCACUCCGUCCCUCAGGAUCCGGAGGUCCUGGCCGACGUGGCGCUCUGGAGGCGGGGCCUGGCCCAGUACUCGGCCCAGCUGGUGGGCCGCACGCCGGUGUUCCUGAACGGCUCCACCGGGGCCUGCCGCUUCCAGGAGUGCAACCUGGGGAACCUGAUCGCUGACGCCAUGGUGGACAACAGCGUGAAGCUGUCGGACGGCGUGCGGUGGAACCACGUCAGCGGCGCCAUCUUGAACGGCGGCGGCGUCCGAACGUCCAUCGACGAGCGGACCAGAAACGGCUCCAUCACCAUGGAGGACCUGGUGGCCGUGCUCCCGUUCGGGGGGACCUUCGACCUGGUGCAGCUGAAGGGUUCCACGCUGCUCCGAGCCUUUGAGCAUUCGGUGAGGAGAUACGGCCAGAGCACCGGGGAGUUCCUCCAAGUGUCCGGCUUCCAGGUGGAGUUCGACCUCUCCUUGGGGGCGGGGCAUCGCGUGAGGAGCCUCGCCGCGCUCUGCACGCGCUGCCGGGUCCCCCGCUACGAGGCCGUCCGGCAGGACGAGGUCUACAGGGUCCUAAUGCCCGACUUCAUGGUUUCGGGCGGGGACGGCUUCUCCAUGAUCGCCAAGGAGAUGCUCAAGCACGACAGCGGAGAUCUGGACAUCUCCGUGGUGUCCGACUUCAUCUCACAGCGGCAGAAGGUCUACCCGGCCGUGGAGGGACGCAUCCGGUUCUACACCUCGGGCGCCGCCCGCCUGGUUCCCCUGGUUCCCCUGGUUCCUCUGCUGUGGACCGUGUGUUGGACCUUGUGACUUGAAGAACUAACGUCUCGCUGCACUAAGACGUGAAUUUAUUUGUACUUUUCUAUCAGUUUUACAGUUAUUAAAAUAAAGAAAGAACAUCCGGCUGAACUUCAUGAAGAACCUUCAAUAUUUAAGCUUUAUAUCAACAGUUCACCCCAAACAGGAAGGACUUCUACUUGUAUUUAUUCACGCCCAUGUGGACAGCUACAACGUUAGCCUAGCGGUAGCAUAGCUUAGCAUCAGCCUUCUGACUUGAAGACGUUUCCUUCUCCUCGUGAAUGAACUUCCUGUGUUUACUUCACUGGCGCUGCUCGGGGUCGGGAGAACAGGGCGUCCUGUGUGAAGGAGCUCCCUGAGGAGCUCUGCAUGUUAAUGCCGGGAAACUCCUCGAGACUCGGUACUCCGCCAGCUGGCAGCCGGCCAAUGGCAAGCAGCCCGUUGCUAUGGAAACCAUCUGCUCCCAUCGAGCCCCAUUACCCCCCCCCCCCCUCAAGAGGUCACUUCAUCCAUCUGAGAAGAGCUUUGAGUCACGUCAUUGUUCAAAAACGGUUCUUAAAAGGGUCCAUGAACGCAUCGCCGUUCACAUUUACAACAGUAAGCGAACGCAUCUUAGUUUAUUACCUUCGCAUUGAAAAUUUUGAAGAUUUUGGGAUCGAUCGGGUCAAAGGUCAUGAACAGGUCAAAAUCUUUCGCAGAACUCAAAAAGUAUUGAACCGAAUCGCAUGAAAUUUGGUGGGAUGAUUGUUUAUUAUCCGGGGACCAGUUGAUUAGAUUUUGGGAUCGAUCGGGUCAAAGGUCAAGGUCAAAGGUCAUUAACAGUUCAAAUCUUCUUGAAUCACAUGGAAUUUGGUGGGAUGAUUGGUUAUUAUCCGGGGACCAUUUGAUUAGAUUUUGGGAUCAAUCGGGUCAAAGUCAUGGAAAGGUCAACAUCUUUUUUUUAACUACAGCACGAUACAUUUUUGUCCAAUUGGCAUGCAACUAAUGCCAAAAUGUUCAUAAUUCAAUGCCCAAUCUUGUGAUAUGCGAAGGUAUGCGCUCUACCGAGUGCCCGUUCUAGUUUAUAAUGUUGACGUGUUUGAGGAACUAACUUUUUUUAAGUUUUAGAUUUUGAAUGAGCACUUCAUGGAUAUAUAUCUGAAAAGAUUUGUAAUUAAAUUUGUAUUCUACACCGAA